AUGCUCCUUUCCGCCCCUGCGCGCGUCUCUGCCGCUGCGGCUCCCGCCAACGCGACAGCGCCUGCUAACGCGACUGCAAAGGCUGCCGCGCCUGCCAACGCGACGAAGACAGUAAAUGCUACAAAAUUCGCCAACAGCGCGAUCGGAGUGGCGACGGCGAGGCUGAGCAAGGGCGCGGGCGAAGGAAAGAAUUCCACAUGCGCGUACUACGGAAACUACAACGCUAACCCUUACUUCGGCAAGGGGCUCACCGCGAAGCUUCCUGACGCACUCUUCGGCAAGCGAUGCGGCGCGUGCUUCAAGGUGAUCUGCAGCAACGACACGAAGCGCUGCCGCAGUGGCAAGGCCACUGUCACCGUCCGCGUCGUCGGCGCGACGAAGGCGGAGGGGAAGCAGAUUUCCCUCUCCGCCGUCUCAUGGGCGAAAAUCGUGCAGGGUUCGGAAGCCGCCCCUGUUAACGUCACGUACAAGCGCACCAACUGCGUUUCCACCGCCGGAUCGGCGGUGCGCGUGCGCAGCAACUCUACCGCGGAGAAAUUCAACAUCCAGAUGGUGGGUCUGGCCGGGCCCGGUACGCUUAUCGCGGUCGAGCUUAGCGCGGAUGGCAAGUGGGUGAAGCUGACCCGCGACGAGAACAGGGCGAUCUGGGGGAUCAAGGGCAAGGAGGCGAAGGAGGUUGUGGGCGCGAAGAAGGCGAUGAGCGUUCGCCUCACUGCGGGACACACCCAUGAGAAGAUCACUCUCGAAAAGGUCGUUCCCGCCGACUGGAAGCCCAUGACGCUGUAUUCUUCCAAGAGCAACUUCAAGAAGCUCAUGGCUGAGGCUAACUCCGUCCGUCCACUCUCUGCAUUCCACUCUCUGCUGUCCUCCUUCCCUCUGGCACAGCAGCAGAUAUGCCCACUCCUGUAG